GGCAGACACUUCUCUGGCCUCGGUUUCCAAAGCAGUGUUUUCCUUCGUGGCGACCUCUGCAGUGUUGUUGUGUGUGGUGGCCAGGUGUUCCUCAUCACUUCCGGGGCUGCAUGCGCUUAGAGGCUUCCUUCCCUAGGCGCCCUAUGGAAUGUGGAUUACCAGCAACAGCUAGCAAGUGUCCGGGAAAGUGUCCCAAAACAUUACCAUGUGGGCAUCCCUGUAGACAACGCUGUAUGGAUGUGUGUACUACCAAAUGCACCGAGCUUGUUACCUCGACCACCAAGUGCCCUAAAGACCAUUUUAUCAAGCUUCCUUGUCAUUUAAUUGGCGAAGUGAAUGGAGAGGAUGCAUGGGAAUAUUGUAAAGAACCAUGCGGUCAGGUCCUGAAUUGUGAGCAUAAUUGUUUAGGCAAUUGUGGGCUCUGCUUUCAGGGACGGAUUCAUGUCUCGUGUCAGCAACCGUGCGAAAAACCGCUUGUGUGCGGACACAUAUGCAAGCAUCCUUGUAGUACAGAGUGUCCUCCAUGCCAGGAAGAAUGCCAGUGGCGCUGUACACACAGUCGUUGCCGGAAGAUAUGUGGUAUUCCCUGCACAGUAUGUAAGAUGAAUUGUGAUUGGAAGUGUAAGCACUUGAAAUGUACGAAACUUUGUGGUGAGAAGUGCUCAAGAAAACCUUGUGAUCAGGCUUGCCCACUAAAACUGAAUUGUGGCCAUCCAUGCGUUGGCUUUUGCGGUGAUCCGUGUCCACCAUUGUGUCGGAUUUGUGAUGCAGAGGAGCUUACAGAAUUUGUAUUAUUGGGUUGUGAAGAGGAUGCUGAUGCAAGAUUUGUGCUGUUGGAGGACUGUGGCCACACUAUUGAAGUUCAAGGCCUGGAGGGCUGGCUGGGCCAGGAAACUGCUGAAAUUGGUAUGAAGACAUGUCCAAAGUGUCGAAAACCCAUCUAUAAUAAUCGUCGUUAUCAGGACGUGGUACUUAAGACAUAUGAAGCUGUUAAAGAUGUCAAGUACAGAUAUAAAUCUCAACUCAAAGGAGUAGAGAGGAAGGAAAUUGAAUUGAUAUUGCAAGAUCCAAAAGUUGCUAUUCACUUCAAUUCUCAUACCACAGAGUUACGCAAGAAACUCGAUAUGGGGCUUGUUGCUACCCCAUACUGGGGUCGCAACAUAUAUGUUAAUGAAGGAGAACUGAGGCUUAUCCAGUUUCAAUCCCAAGUCCUUAUGAAGGCCACCAGAAUCCUGAUGUCUUCGUCUAAAGGCAAUACCACAGAUAUCGUUCAAGCACGAAAUUACAUGUGUAGAUUUCGGGCAGCACGUCAGCUGUCUAAUCAUGAAAUUCGAUUACGGCCAAGGGUGGCGGCAAUAGUUAAACUUGUUAUGGUGAAAAAUACAAUUAUUGCUCCUCAGAUGGUUGAUGAGGUGAGCUGUGAACUGGAGCGUCUUAUGAUUCUUCCUGCUUAUUGGACUUUUAAUGAAAAAUGUAUCAAUCAUAGCAAUGAUAAGGUUAAGGAAAUCAAGGUAAAGUUGGAGAAGCUAAUGGAUCCUACAAUCAAAUUUAAUGCAGAACUAGAUACAAAAAUACGUGCACUUUUGAAAGAGAGUGAGGAAUAUGUUGGUGGCUUGGGAAUUAAUGAGAGCGAGAAGAUAAUGAUCUUGAAAGCUAUGGGGCUCAAGCAGGGGCAUUGGUACAAAUGUCCAAAUGGGCAUGUGUACUGCAUCACCGAGUGUGGGGGAGCAAUGGUUGAAAGCAGCUGUCCCGAUUGUGGGGCACAAAUUGGAGGGGGAUCACAUAGGCUGAGGAGUGAUAAUACUGUGGCAAGUGAGAUGGAUGGUGCACGGCAUGGGGCUUGGUCCGAGCAUAACAACAUGGGGAACUUCAACCUUGAUGGUAUUUAAUUGGGUGUAUAUCUUUGCACUAUAUUUAUAUUUGCAAUGGAUCUUCUUUUUAAUUGUGUACAUAACUUCAAUGUUUGUUCUUUUAGCAAAUUUACAUUUGGAUUUGUCUAAAGAUAUGUAACAAGGUAGAUGGUAAAGUCCUUGGCGUUCUCAUCGAUAACAAGCCGAAUUUCCACGGCCAUAUUCAAAAUAUAUCAAAGUUUCUAAAACUGUUGUCAUUCUUUCUAAGAUCAGAUAUUAUGUACUUCGCCCUGCCCUGGAGACGCUUUAUUACUCUCUCAUCUAUCCUUAUCUCAA